UUGCCUCACAUUUUAGAAACUUCAGUCCUUGCAUGGUCAGUGGUGUGGUGGAAGACCUGGCAGAGGAAAGCUGCUCACAUCCCAGCAGUGAGAAGCAGAAGGUAGAGGGAGCAACCAGGAAGGGAAAUGCAUCCUACAAGAUUGUGUCCCCAGUGACCUGCCUCCAAACAUCAGGGAGAUGAUUCUCAACUAAUCGCCUGAAGACUCUUUCAAACCAUGGACACGUGACCAUCAGAAAUAUGAAGAACCCAUUUGUACAUCUGGCUGAGCCUUUGGACCCUGCACAACCAGGAAAAAAAUUCUUUAAUUUAAAUAAAUUGGAGGAUUCAAGAUAUGGACACUUGCCAUUUUCUAUCAGGGUUCUUCUGGAGGCAGCCAUUCGGAACUGUGAUGAGUUUUUGGUGAAGAAAAGUGACAUUGAAAAUAUUCUAAAUUGGAAUGCCACGCAGCAUAAGAACAUAGAAGUGCCAUUUAAACCUGCCCGUGUCAUUCUGCAAGACUUCACGGGUGUGCCAGCUGUAGUUGACUUUGCUGCAAUGCGUGAUGCGGUGAAGAAGUUAGGAGGCGAUCCCAAGAAAAUAAACCCCAUCUGUCCUGCGGAUCUUGUAAUUGAUCAUUCCAUCCAGGUCGAUUUCAACAGAAGGGUAGACAGCUUACAGAGGAAUCAAGACCUGGAAUUUGAAAGAAAUAGAGAACGAUUUGAAUUUUUAAAGUGGGGUUCCCAGGCUUUUCGCAACAUGCGGAUUAUUCCCCCCGGCUCAGGAAUCAUCCACCAGGUGAAUCUGGAGUAUUUGGCAAGAGUGGUAUUUGAUCAGGAUGGAUAUUAUUACCCAGACAGCCUCGUGGGCACGGAUUCACACACUACCAUGAUUGAUGGUUUGGGUGUUCUUGGUUGGGGUGUGGGUGGAAUUGAAGCAGAAGCUGUCAUGCUGGGUCAGCCAAUCAGCAUGGUGCUUCCCCAAGUGAUUGGCUACAGGCUGAUGGGAAAACCUCAACCUCUGGUAACAUCAACUGACAUUGUGCUCACCAUCACCAAGCACCUCCGCCAGGCUGGAGUUGUGGGCAAAUUUGUUGAGUUCUUCGGGCCAGGAGUAGCCCAUCUAUCCAUUGCUGACCGAGCCACAAUCGCCAACAUGUGUCCAGAGUAUGGAGCAACUGCUGCCUUUUUCCCAGUUGAUGAAGUUAGUAUCAAGUAUUUAGUACAAACAGGUCGAGAUGAAAACAAAGUAAAGCACAUUAGAAAGUAUCUUCAGGCUGUAGGAAUGUUUCGAGAUUUCAGCAACCCCUCUCAAGACCCAGACUUCACCCAGGUUGUGGAGUUAGAUUUAAAAACAGUAGUACCUUGCUGCAGUGGACCCAAAAGGCCUCAAGACAAAGUUGCUGUGUCUGACAUGAAAAAGGACUUUGAGAGCUGCCUCAGAGCCAAGCAAGGAUUUAAAGGAUUCCAAAUUGCUCCAGAACAUUAUAAUGACCAUAAGAUGUUUAUCUACAAUAAUAAUGAAUUCACCCUUUCUCAUGGUUCUGUGGUAAUCGCUGCCAUUACUAGCUGCACAAACACCAGUAAUCCGUCUGUGAUGUUAGGAGCAGGAUUGUUAGCAAAGAAAGCCGUGGAUGCCGGCCUGAAUGUGAAGCCUUACAUCAAAACCAGCCUGUCUCCUGGAAGUGGUGUGGUCACCUACUACCUGCGAGAAAGUGGAGUCAUGCCAUAUCUGUCUCAGCUUGGGUUUGAUGUGGUGGGCUAUGGCUGUAUGACCUGCAUUGGCAACAGUGGGCCUUUACCUGAACCCGUAGUAGAAGCCAUCACUCAGGGAGACCUAGUAGCUGUUGGAGUGCUGUCUGGGAACAGAAAUUUUGAAGGUCGUGUCCACCCCAACACUCGGGCCAACUAUUUAGCAUCUCCUCCCUUAGUAAUAGCCUAUGCCAUUGCUGGGACCAUCAGGAUCGACUUUGAAAAAGAGCCAUUGGGGGUAAAUGCAAAGGGACAGCAGAUAUUUCUGAAAGAUAUCUGGCCAAGUCGGGAUGAGAUCCAGGCGGUGGAGCAGCACUAUGUCAUUCCUGGGAUGUUUAAGGAAGUCUAUGAAAAGAUAGAGACUGUGAAUGAAAGCUGGAAUGCCUUAGCAGCCCCAUCAGAUAAGCUGUAUCUGUGGAAUCCCAAAUCUACAUACAUUAAAUCACCACCAUUCUUUGAAAACCUGACUUUGGAUCUCCAGCCCCCCAAAUCUAUAGUGGAUGCCUACGUGUUAUUAAAUUUGGGAGAUUCAGUAACAACUGAUCACAUCUCUCCAGCUGGAAAUAUUGCAAGAAACAGCCCUGCUGCUCGCUAUUUAACUAACAGAGGCCUAACUCCACGAGAAUUCAACUCCUAUGGCUCCCGCAGGGGUAAUGAUGCUAUCAUGGCACGGGGAACAUUUGCCAACAUUCGCUUGUUAAACAAAUUUUUGAAUAAGCAAGCACCACAGACUAUACAUCUCCCUUCUGGAGAAAUUCUUGAUGUGUUUGAUGCUGCUGAGCGAUACCAGCAAGCAGGCCUUCCUCUGAUUGUUCUGGCUGGCAAAGAGUAUGGCUCAGGCAGCUCCCGAGACUGGGCAGCCAAAGGCCCUUUCCUGCUGGGAAUCAAAGCUGUUCUGGCCGAGAGCUACGAGCGUAUUCACCGCAGUAACCUGGUUGGAAUGGGGGUAAUCCCCCUCGAGUAUAUCCCUGGUGAAAAUGCAGACUCUCUGGGACUCACAGGGCAGGAACGGUACACUGUCAUCAUUCCAGAGAACCUCAGACCACAAAUGAAAAUCCAGGUCAAGCUGGAUACUGGGAAGACCUUCCAGGCUGUCAUGAGGUUUGACACUGAUGUGGAACUCACUUAUUUCCACAAUGGGGGCAUCCUCAACUACAUGAUCCGUAAGAUGGCCAAGUAGGCCCUCAUUUCCUAGAGAGCUGCAUUUGGUGCUUCACCUACGGGGCACCAGGCACUCAGCCAGCAGAGACCCUGAUGAAGAAGCCGCCCUUCUUCCACACAGGGUGUUCCCUUGAACACAACACCUGAGCACUGCGGUUUGGGUGCCCUUCCUGGAGGCCCAAAGCCAGAAGUUUCUACAUUCUCUAUUUUUGUUAAUUGUUUAUCUUUCUCUAGAAUUUGGAAGCUAGAAAUGUGGGAAAAUCAGUAGUGCCAGAAAAAGAGCUGGUUUGUUUUUGAAGUUACCGAUCACAGGACAUUGAUUUUUUAGUCUUAUUAAUUAAACUUCAGCUGAACACUAGUAAGUUUUUUCAAAAGGGUGUCCUACCCUUUUCAUUGUUUUUCUGUUAUCUUCUGCUCACUGAAACCCUUUCUUUGAGGGCCUGUUCCUUUGUAUAUUUUAUCAGUGAUAACUGACAUAAGUAGGUAGGAACUUUUUCACACUUCAGAUCAUAAUACUGAUACUGAUUAUGAUUUCCCCCUUCAGAAUGAAUAAUCAAACACCUGGUGGACAGGUCAGACAUUGAAAUUUUUUUUAUUAUAUACCUUUUAGAAAAACAACAUUAAAAGAAAA